AAGACCAGAGACUCACCCUGUUACUUUGCUGUCACUGCCAAAAACGGACAACAUGCUGCCUGCUGUUGUAAAGCUCUGCUGUGGAAUCUCCUACCCACACCUGAGAAGUCUGGCGGGACUUCAACGCACAGCUGUGGCAGUGAUAGGCCAGGAGCUAACACACCUGCAGAGAUGGGGACAGGUCCAACAUCCCACGAGGACACAUGCUCCAUCAAGGCAUUACGAGCCCAAAUCCGAAGACAUAAAGCCUGCACCACUGCAAGAAGAUCAGCUGUUCUUUGUACAACAAGGCCAAGAAGCAAUGAGGAAGGCUCUCUGUAUGCUGGAGGACGAACAAGGAUGGAAGGUCGAGAUCGCAGAGAGCAACGGGGAUGUGAUUUGCAGCAAAGUGAUGCCAGGAGCUAGGAAGGUCUUCAGGCUGGAGGCAGUGCUGGAGGCCAGCGUGGAUGAGCUCUACGACCUCCUGUUUGUCAGAGUGGAGGAGAUGCACCAGUGGAAUCCGAGCAUACAUCAUAUUAAAAUUCUGAAGCAUGUUGGACCCGAAACGAUCAUCACUCAUGAAGUUUCAACCCAGACAGCGGGAAACAUGAUUGGCCAGAGGGACUUCCUGAGUGUCAGACACAGUUGCAGACAAAAGUCGAGCGUUUAUCUUGGAGGAGCAGCGAUUCAGCUGGAGUCCUUCCCACCUCAAGCAGGCUACGUAAGAGCUGAGGAUGGACCAACCUGCAUCGUCAUUCAGCCUCUGGACGAGGAUUCAGGAAAAAGCCGCAUCACAUGGCUUCUUAACAUGGACGUAAAGGGGUGGCUGCCAAAGUCCAUUGUCAAUCAGGCUUUGCCCAGAGCACAGCUGGAUUUCACCAAACACCUGCGAAGACGCCUCACAGCGGGCACCACCCUGAGCUGAGUGUGAAGCAGCACUCUGUCAUCACUCACAGGGGAACACUGGGAGAUGGAGGAACUGUGACAGCCCGGCCGCUUGGCAGACGGCUGCCCUUUCAGCGAGAACAGAAACGCUGCUCGGAGGAGACGCUGGCAGACACCAUUGUCAGCAGCCCAGUGUCGGCCUGCCAGAAGGACGCUGGCUUAUAAUAGGAAUUAAUAUCACAGUGUGCCACUCAGACCUCAAGAUUCCCUGAUUGAGAGUCAGCGCUCGUCUGUUGACACAUGGCUCACUGAAUAUGACUGGAGAACAUUAAUAAAAUCUUUGAAUGUGCCUUUUUCUUGCCUGAGUCAUUUUCAUCCAUCAUACUGUAAAGACAUCUUGAAUAGCACAUUGAUAGCAAUACAUGAAUAGAUGCAUCCUGUCAGGUUAUAUACACUAAAUCUACAUGACUCAAUUCAGACUGAAUGCAUCAGUGAUUAUGGGGUUUUGCUUCAAUGGACCACUCAUUUAAAAAGAUGUACUCAGUUAAGUUGUGCUUGUCAACCUCCUAAUGGAAUAAUAAGAUAAACACAACAAGAGUCAGUGGAGGCUAAAUAGAGGAAAGUGAAUUGACAAGAAUCUCAGUUCUUUCAAACGUGUUUUACUUUGUUCUCCAUACCACUUAAAAAUUCAAUAAAUAUUAACAUUUAAAGCUUUCAUUCACGUACGUAUAUACAAGAACUAUACAAUACACAUAAUGAUGUUAUGAACUGCAAUGCCGGAAUGGUGUAACAGUAUAACCAACCACAGUCUGUAGACUUACAGCAUCGCCUGGACUUUUCUUUUUUUUUUUUUUAACAAUUGCGACAAACUUUCCAUUCAAUUCUUGGCUGUUAAUUUCUUUCCAUAACUUGAAAUUUACAUUAUAUACAUUAUUAUCUGAAAAAUAUAUCAGUUACAAAAAGAUAAUGAGUUUUUUUCUUGAAUCUUUUUUUUUGUUUUUAAAGCGUUAUGUGACUGACUUCCACAAAGGCAGACAGAAGGCAUGCUACAGUGGGGUUGGUUUGCAGACAGUCAUGAUUUUUUUUUUUUUUUUUUUGUUUU